AUGGAAGAAAUAGGUCAACUCUACACAAAGGGAAGCAAGAAACUUGGUCUUGCAAAACAUCAGAUGCCACUUUUUUCAGAUGAGAGGGAUCAAGAGCAGCAAGGCGAUACAACUGAUAUCAGUCAAGUGGUCAACAGGUUGAGGAUGGAACCGCCAAAAUGCCCCCACAUUGUCAAAGUGGACUUG